CAACCGUUGCCUCACUAAGUGGGCUGAAGUCCUUCGGCGCCGGCUUAUCUCCUUGACGGUAGGAAAAGGAAAGGGACGGCGGCUCUUGAGGGUACUUUUUUUCCCAAAGGCGAGCAGCCCAAACAUGGCUACAGGAAGGGUCGGCGGCUGGGAACCCGGAGCACCAGUAGCGGCGGCGGCUUGAGGCGGCGGCGGCGGGCGACGGGUGCCCCCUGCUCGCCCCGGGCCCCUCCCCUGCGAUGGGGAAUGGGUUGUCGGAGCAGACGCCGAUCCUGUCGAGCCUGCCUUCCUUCCAGUGCUUCCACAUCGUGAUCCUGGGCCUGGACUGCGCCGGCAAGACCACCGUCCUCUACCGGCUGCAGUUCAACGAGUUUGUCAACACCGUCCCCACCAAGGGCUUCAACACGGAGAAGAUCAAGGUGACGCUGGGGGGCAGCCACCACCACAAGACGGUGACCUUCCACUUCUGGGACGUGGGCGGGCAGGAGAAGCUGCGGCCCCUCUGGAAGUCCUACACCCGCUGCACCGACGGCAUCGUCUUCGUGGUGGACUCUGUGGACGUGGAGCGGAUGGAGGAGGCCAAGACGGAGCUGCACAAGAUCACGCGGAUCUCGGAGAACCAGGGGGUGCCGGUGCUGAUCGUGGCCAACAAGCAGGACCUGCGGCACUCGCUCUCCCUGGCGGAGAUGGAGAAGAUGCUGGCCACAGGGGAGCUGAGCGCCUCCACCCCUUGGCACCUCCAGCCCACCUGCGCCAUCAUCGGAGACGGCCUCAAGGAAGGCCUGGAGAAACUGCACGACAUGAUCCUCAAGCGCAGGAAGAUGCUCCGGCAGCAAAAGAAGAAGAGAUGAAGCCACUGGGGGGGCUGGCUGACUCCAAACAGUUCCUGGCACCUGGCCUGCUCAAUCAUCAAAGACGCUCAGCCUGGUGGGAAGCCUUGCAGACACAGACCCUUCACACCACCGUCUCCCCACAAGUUUCUUUCUUUUGUUUUGGGCACUCAUACUCUAAAAACAAAAGCCAACAACACACACACACACACAAACAGAUCCCUUGUCACUUAGUACAAAACGAAUCAGGAAGCAGAGACGGGUGGUAAAUGUGACCUGGAUAUCCAAAUAGCCAAAUAAAAGGAAAGAGUGUUGUUCCGCUUGGUGGUGUAAGUCCUAUGUUCGAAGAGUGCCUUUGCAAGGCAAAUGGCAUUGACGGCAUUCGGUGUUUUUUUCAGCUGCUUGUAUAAGUGAAGUGUUUUAGACGGAGAUACGCAGCUUUAAAAUAUAGUAUCCUUUUAACAGUAUACGGAGCUAGAAGACCAUUAUUUUAAAAGAGGCUGUGAAUGUGGAGGGUUUGUUUUGUUUUGUUUGUUUCCAAUAAAAGGUUGGCUGUGCGGUAUGCUUUCUAAACUGGAUCUCUUAAAAUGACACUUGCAGCUCAGAUAAUUCAAACUGUCACGACUGCGGUGUAUUAUCUGUAGCUUGAUAGAGGGGGAAAAGUAUGGCAUAUGUAAGAGCAUGGAUGGGUUUCCUGAUAAUGUAGCAUGUCUUGGUGUGUAGGGGGUUCUAUAGAAAUAGCUGUGCAUCGUUAAAACAGUGCAAACCAGGUUUGGACCGUGCUUUUGUGUCCUAGGAGGGACCUGUCCUGGAAAGUUUGCUCUCCAAGAAAAAUCCUGAACAACUAGACAAACACAAACUUCUACCAUAAGGGACUUGGGUUUCAGGAUACAGUGCAAUAUUACCUUUAAAACAAAAUUGACGGCAAUAAAAUUUGAUCCUAAUUAAGUUUAAAGCAGCCGAAGUAAGCAGAACUACAUGUCCCACGUGCCAGUACUGUUAAAAUGUACUGCCAGGUCUUUUUAUUACUAUCCUUGCAGUACUUUUAGGAAUGUAUUGAAGCUUUAUACACUUGAAAAAAAUUUUGACACUGUGGAAAACAAAACAAGAGUUUAAAGAUGACCUGUAUCUGCUCUGAUUAUGCUUUAAGCUUUCCUUGUUUACAUUCAUGCAAACAGUGUUAAAUGAAUGGGUGGGACUGCAUAUGACUGAAAGGGUUGGUUUUUUCUUCGCUGGUACAUUUUCUAAAAAUGAUCCAUUUGAGUAGCAGGUUGAAGGGCUAAAGUAAAGCCUGUGUUACUCUACUGGUGCUGUGAAAUGUUAUAAUAAUUAUAUUGUAAAGCGAGGGAGAAUACUUAAAAACAAAGAAGAAGUCCUCCCUGGCACAACCAAUAAAGUCUGUGUGUUCUCUUACCUACUAGCCAGAGACAGGGAGGUAUAACUACAGUUCUGAAUGUCAGGAAGUGCAACUUGUAUAAAAUCAAAUUUUAUAGCCAGAAACUGCUUAGAAGGUAACCAAAAAUGCACUUUAGUGUUUCCAAUACUGAAAGUGACAACAUUUUUUAAAACAAUGAAAUCCUGGUCCUUUUUGAAAGAAUUGAAGUAGCUUCCAAUGGAGCUUUUGUACAGUGGUUAUAUGUAACUGCACUAGUGACACUAGAAGUCACUUAAUGUCUAUAUUUAUAGAGAUGUGGAUAACUUCUUGGACCUCAGUGAACUCAACUCCAAAUGAGUAUUCGGCGAAAGAAGUUGACAACGUUUUACUGUGCGGAUCUUGCUUUUUAUCAGAACUGUCUGCAUGAAACUGAAUCCUUUAUUCAUGUGAGAUUUGUAAUAUGUGACUAUGUUUAAAGAAAAAAAUCACAGGUAUCUCAUUAAAAAUUUAAUGGCAA